UGAGUAGGGUAUGGGCCAGGGAGAGGACCAAGCCCUGAGGCUACUUCCUAGUGGAAUGGGCUGCUUGUGGAGAGAGUGAGCCCCUCGUCACAGGAGGCAUGCAAGCAGGAGUGGCGAGUGGUGACAGGGAUGCUACAUGCAGAUUCCCUUCUUGCCAUGGGCAGCUCACUUGACCCCUCAGUCGCAGUUCACGCCUCUGUGCAGAGUCUGAUGACUCUGGCUUGUUGGCACCCGUCUCCCUUGCCCUUCCUUCUGAGAGCACGUGGGGGGCAGGUGAGCGCUCCAUUCUCCACUGGGCGUGACAUCUCCUCUGCCUUCUGGCCAGAAUAGCAGAGACCUGGGGCUCCUGCUCCUCCAGGCCUUGGGUGUGUGCUCGCACUGUCACCUGGGCACACCUGGAAGAGGUUGCCCGAGGGGCUGGAGGGGAAUUUUGGUAGCGCGCCUUGGACAGUCGUUGGCGCCGGCCUGUCCCAGCUGGGAGAGGGGAGUCUCCUGGCCUGCCCAGCAGGAGACCAGUGUGGCCCGGAUGGCCAGGGCCCUGGCACGGAGGAGGAGCUCCGGACUUCGGAUGGAUGAUCAAGUCCCCUCCGGGCGCAGCGGGAUCGCGGCUCUGUCUUCCGGGCCGGGCGCCCCCUCGUGGCCCGAGCCGGGACUGCGGAGCCCUGGCGGGCCCCUUCCCACGCCGCACGCUUGCCUCGCCAGGGGCCACGCGGGACAUCGGCUCGGCGCUCACGCGUAUGUGCAUGCGCCACCGCAGCAUCGAGACCAAGCUGCGGCAGUUCACCAACGCGCUGCUGGAGAGCCUCAUCAACCCGCUGCAGGAGCGCAUCGAGGACUGGAAGAAGUCGGCUAACCAGCUGGACAAGGACCACGCGAAAGAGUACAAGCGGGCCCGGCACGAGAUCAAGAAGAAGUCCUCGGACACGCUGAAGCUGCAGAAGAAGGCACGCAAAGAGCUACUUGGGAAAGGAGACCUGCAGCCCCAGCUGGACAGCGCCCUGCAGGACGUCAACGACAUGUACCUGCUGCUGGAGGAGACGGAGAAGCAGGCGGUGCGCCGCGCGCUGAUCGAGGAGCGGGGCCGCUUCUGCACCUUCAUCACCUUCCUGCAGCCUGUGGUGAACGGAGAGCUGACCAUGCUGGGGGAGAUCACCCACCUGCAGGGCAUCAUCGACGACCUGGUCGUGCUGACCGCGGAACCCCACAAGCUGCCGCCGGCCAGCGAGCAGGUGAUCAAAGACCUGAAGGGCUCGGACUACAGCUGGUCCUACCAGACCCCACCCUCGUCACCCAGCAGCUCCAACUCCCGGAAGUCCAGCAUGUGCAGUGCCCCCAGCAGCAGUAGCAGUGCCAAGGGUGGCGGAGCCCCGUGGCCAGGGGGUGCCCAAACAUACUCACCCAGUUCCACUUGUCGCUACCGCAGCCUGGCACAGCCAGCCACCGCCACCACCCGCCUCUCCAGCGUCUCCUCCCAUGACUCUGGCUUCGUCUCCCAGGACACCACCUACUCCAAGCCCCCCUCGCCCAUGCCUUCAGACAUCACCAGCCAGAAGUCCUCCAGCUCUGCGUCCUCCGAGGCCUCAGAAACCUGCCAGUCUGUUAGCGAGUGCAGCUCCCCCACCUCGGUCAGUGCCCCUGGCCCGGCCCCAGGACCGUCACCGCAGGGAGGGCCCAGGGACUGGUCCAAGGCCGGCUCCCACGAGCAGCCCUCGGCCACCACCCUGCAGCGGAGGAAGGACCGGGUGGAACUCCUCCGAGACGCAGAGCCAGGCCCCACCAGCGGGGGCACCGUGGGCCCCAGUGGGGAGGAGGUGCCACGACCCCGGAUGUCCCCUGCCACCAUCGCAGCCAAGCAUGGGGAGGAGGUGUCCCCUGCAGCCAGCGACCUGGCCAUGGUGCUGACCCGCGGCCUGAGCCUGGAGCACCAGAAGAGCAGCCGGGACUCGCUGCAGUACUCGAGCGGCUACAGCACACAGACCACCACGCCCUCGUGCUCCGAGGACACCAUCCCGUCCCAGGGCUCCGACUACGACUGCUACUCCGUGAACGGGGACGCGGACAGCGAGGGCCCGCCCGAGUUCGACAAGUCGUCCACCAUCCCGCGCAACAGCAACAUCGCCCAGAACUACCGUCGCCUGAUCCAGACCAAGCGCCCAGCCUCCACCGCCGGGCUGCCCACCGCGGGGCUGCCCACCGCCGGCGGCCUGCCCUCGGGCGCGCCCCCCGGCGUGGCCACCAUCCGCCGCACGCCCUCCACCAAGCCCACCGUGCGCCGCGCCCUGUCCAGCGCCGGCCCCAUCCCCAUCCGGCCGCCCAUCGUCCCCGUGAAGACGCCCACAGUGCCCGACUCGCCCGGCUACACAGGGCCCACCCGGGCGGGCAGCGAGGAGUGUGUCUUCUACACCGACGAGGCCGCCUCGCCCCUGGCCGCAGACCUCACCAAGGCCUCCCCGAAGAGGCUCAGCCUGCCCAACACGGCCUGGGGCAGCCCGUCCCCAGAGGCCGCCAGCUACCCCGGGGCAGGAGCCGGGCUGGCGACUGAGGACGAGGAGCAGCAGCAGCUGGCCGCCAACCGGCACAGCCUGGUGGAGAAGCUUGGCGAGCUGGUGGCGGGUGCCCAUGCCUUGGGCGAGGGCCAGUUCCCGUUCCCCACCACCCUGUCAGCCACCCCCGCGGAGGAGACACCCGCCCCGCCUCCUGCUGCCACCAGCGACCCCCCGGCUGAAGACAUGCUGGUGGCCAUCCGGCGUGGGGUCCGGCUCCGCAGGACCGUCACCAACGACAGGUCAGCACCCCGCAUCUUAUGAUGGCACCACCCUCCCCACCCUCUCUGGCCCCGGUGACAGCAGAUGGCCUGGGAGCAGCGGCUGCUCAGAGCGAAGGCGCAGCCAGGAGAGAGUACAGGGCCGGGAAAGAGGCAGAGCCACCUUAUGGAAAGAGACACCCCGCUUGGAUUCCAGUGUUGAAGCGGGAGGUGACUUCUUUAACAGACCUCGCCAGGACAGAGCCUGCGGGCCUUGAACUGGGUUGGAGCCCGUUUUGUACGUUUCUGUCCCCUUCCUCCGUGCAGGCCCUGUCUCUUCCACACCACAGGUGAGCACCAGAGCCAUUGCCCCUGCCCACGGGAGAGGGGUUAUCCCAGCCCCCCGGGCCUGGGACCCACAGGUCGGGCAGCCUCUCCCCCUGCCCGCCUUCCCUCUGCCUCUCCCAGGCUGCUCCGCGGCUGGGAGGCAGGGCGGCUGUGGAGGGGCCGGGGGCCCAGUGGGCAGAGAUAUUUGAAUCGGACUGGGGCGCAGGGGGCAGUUGGGCAGCCAGGCCUGCCGUGGGGGAGCGGAGCCUGGGGGCCCAGGUCGCAUCUCAGGGAGGAAAUGCAGGGGGCUUGCUUGGAGGUGCUGGGGGCCCUGAGGUGGCUCCCACCCUGGCCUCCCCUCCCCAGGAGUUUGGCUGCAGAGGGUGGCGGGCAGGGAAGCCCCUCAGCAAGUAGGGCAGCAGGGUAGGGCCCUGAGGCCGGGUCAGCAGGUCAGUCUCCACGGAGCUGGCUUCAGAUGCCUGGUCCUCGCCCGGGCACGUCGAUACUUGGUGGCACUUUGGAGUCACAGUUUUAGCCACUUUUGGGGAUGGGGGCUGGAGCAGUAGCGGGGGAGGGGGGUUACUUUAUGAACAUAAUAAAAUGGAGCUGAUGGUAAGGACCAUGUGGGCAAGGUGGCGAUACAGGGUGUGUGUCUGGGAAGGCCUGCGGGACGGGGCACCCACGUGGCCUGGCAGGCCCAUGGCAGGAGCAGGGUAGAAUCGGCUCCCCCAGAGCCAGAGGGAAGCUGCAAUUCUUUCCUGCGUCUUGAGUGUAGCCAGAGAAAGACUGGAGGGGGCCCUGCCUGUCGGCUGGGGUGGCGGCGUGUCUGGGAAGCGUGGCUUUGACUCUCUGUUGCCAGAGGAGAUGCCUUCCCAGGACACUCGGCCGUGCUGGCCGUGGGGGUGAGGAGCAGGUACCCCCCCAACCCCACGCACCGAGUCACACCAAGUCUCAGCAGGUAAAAGCAUGUGACCUAGGGCAAGUGGAAGGGGUCCAGGUGGUGCCGCGUGUCAGGAGAAAGCAGCAGGGGCCUCCCUGGGGUCAGGAAAGCAGCUGUCCUGGGUCCUCCCAGGUGUUCCUGUGCCAGGAACUGGGGUCACUGUGGGGCAGCAGGUGGGUCUGGGGCACCAAGGAUGCCCCGGUGUGCACGGAGCCCCAUCAGGCAGUGCUGAUGGAGGAAUGGGCCCUGCAAGUCGCCAGUCUGAGCUCAGACUGAUGCCAGAGCCCCAGGUUUGGGGGCCAGGAGAGCAGGUGACCAGUUUGGGGAUCCCUGGGUGGCAUUUCUGCUGUGUUUCUCCCCAGGGCUGCGCCGGUGGGGGGGGUUGCCCAGGUGGGCACAGGGAGCAGGAUGUGUGGUGGGAACAGGACGGGCAGCAGGUACCAGGUGGCUGGAUCCCAGAGGCCCUGCGAGAAGAGCCCUCCUCCUACCUUGGGGGGGGGAAAUCACCUGGGCUUCAGAGGUCUUGAUGGGAGGAGGGCAGGUGUGGCACAGUCCCCCCACUUCCCCCUCCCCCACG